CAUAAAUGAGUUUAUUACUGAAAUAAGUAACUUAGUAAAAUACUUGAUUUCCAGUAAUUAGGAUUUUCUCACAGGGCAUUUGCAGUUGUGAAGUCAAAUGAAGAAACAGAUACUAAAUGCCUAUAAUUGAUAGGCAGUUUUACAUGUCACGAAGGUUGUGUAUAGACAACAUGGAAAUUUUACAUUUAAAACUUUUUUACAGUUAUCCUGAAAGUUGUGGCUUCCUUUUCUUCUUCUUUGUUUUUUUCUAACUUACCCACUGUACAGAAUUUAAGCCUUCUGCCAGAAGUAUACAGUAGAACUAAAGACAGACAACCAAGGGGCAUCUGAAACUGUGACUGGCUCACUAAUACCAGGACAAAGUUAGAGAUCACUCUACUCAAGCAUAAGUUUUCCUAAGACUGCUACGAAGAUGUUUGAUAUAAAGGGUUGGGCUGAGUAUGUUGUGGAAUGGGCUGCAAAGGACCCGUAUGGCUUCCUUACAACAGUUAUUUUGGCUCUUACUCCACUGUUCCUAGCAAGUGCUGUACUGUCUUGGAAAUUGGCCAAAAUGAUUGAGGCCAAGGAGAAGGAGCAAAAGAAGAAACAAAAACGUCAAGAAAAUAUUGCAAAAGCUAAACGACUAAAAAAGGAUUGAAGGAAUGAACAGACUCUGUAACCAGAGGAAAAUAAUUUGGAAAUUAUGCGGCUUUGGAAGGACCUACUAAGGUUUCUUAAAUGGAUUUCUUGACAGUAUUAUUUAGUAAGUGAAAUUUGACCAAACGAAAGAAUCAUGUUAGUUCUGACCUCAAUAUUGUAGUAACUUUUAGGCUUGGGUGUAGAAGUUUGUUGGUAUCUAUUGGCAGGUUAUUGUAAAUUAGCAAUUUUGGUGAUAUAAAUUCUUUAUAACUAACUUAGUUUUUUGCCAUUUAGUCAUUUAUGUACUGAAAUGACAACAUCCUGUGGGGAAAAAUGAUUUUAGAUCAUGAACUCUAUUCAGAUAAAUCCUAUUUACAAUGUGGUCUUGUUCUGCACAAAGAAAAUUAAGAAUGCUAAAGUCAGAAUUGUCCUUUCUGAGGUGGAAAGUGUGCUUUUUCUUAAAAGAGAUACAUUAUAUUAAUCAUAUCUUUUAUCGUUAUUGCUUAUUAGAAUAGAAUCAUUUCUGGCUUUCUCAAAGCAAAAUAUUAAUGAGUAGUUCUACUUGCUACAUUUUUCUUAUUUUAGCCUUUGAGACAACUGGUAAUUAUAAAAGCAUUUUGAAUUUUUUAAGACAUAAUUUUAUAAAGAAUUCUCUUUUCUUGACUAUGUAGAAUACUACUUAUUGGAUGUAACAGUUUUGUACUUACAAACACUGCCAUUUUCUUAGAGAUGAUUUGUUAAGAAGAGUAACAUGAUUUAUAGCUUGCAGUAAAAAUGCCAAACGCUGUUAUACCUGGGAACCAGUUUAUUUUUAUGCUAAGUAGAACUGUGAAAUAGUUAAAAUGUCUUAUCAGAUAAUUUGCUGAUUAUAUAGACACCACUUUCAUUUUUAUUCCAUUCUUUGUUUUAAUUCAUGUGGUAGUUAUGUCUAAUACAUUGUGAUUAAACAAGUUCUAAGUGAAAAUUAAAAUUUCAGAUUUCUUUUAAAGAAUAAGUUAAGUUUUCAUAAAUGGAAAGAAAGACUGGAAAUUGGUGAACAUUUUGUUGAGGCACAGUAGUAACUGAGUGAAGGGAUAAAUUAUGUCAAAAUGAGAAUGAGAGAAUGUGCUAUAAUCAGAAGUUAAAGGAUGUUUCUUUCAAGUUAAGCAGUAUAACUGGAAGUUUUUUACUAGUAAGCAUGGCUUUUACUAUAAAUGCAUGGUCCAGUAAUUUUAUUCACUGUCAGUAUUUAAUAGCUUGUUGUUUUCUGCACCUGACAGUGAAUUUUAAGUUACAAAAAAUUGUCAAGCAGCUCUAAUUUAAAAAUGAAACUAGAUAUUGAAAUAAAUUUGAUAAUUUUGUAAA